AUGGACGUGAGGGAUGCAAUACCAGAUCUGUUACCUGUAGAGAGGGAAACGGAGGCUGGACCUUCGACCAGAAGGUUGGAUAGACCAAAAGUCCCGUUGACUCUCCUCACAGGGUAUUUAGGAGCGGGCAAGUCGACUUUGCUACAGUAUAUAUUAAUGGCGGAUCAUGGGUAUAGAAUAGCGGUGUGUAUGAAUGAUUUUGGUGAUUCUACAGAUAUAGAACAAAAGAGUUUAACACUCAACGAUCCCACUUCUCAAACCCAAAUCUCUUCUUUCCUCUCAUUACCAAACGGCUGUUUAUGUUGUUCAGUGAAAGAUAUGGGAAUAGCCGCUAUUGAAGAAAUGGUAGCUUCACUUCCUGGUGGUAUAGAUCGAGUUUUAGUGGAAUUAACAGGAUUGGCAGAUCCUGGCCCUAUUGCUAGACGGUUCUGGGAGAAUGAAGAGAUGGGUGAUUUGAUUUUAGAUGGUGUUGUUUGUGUGGUUGAUUGUAGGAAUGUCACCAAUCAAUUAAAACGUUCAUCAGAAGGAGAAUGUCAAAAACAAAUAGCAUGUGCCGAUCUGAUUCUAUUGAACAAAACAGACCUCGUCCCCUCACCCAUCGUCGAAAAUGUAAAAACAACAAUUCAACAUUUAAAUCCCACUUUGAAAAUCUCCAAAACGGUUAGGUCGGAAGUUGAUCUUGAGGAGAUAUUCAAUUUGAGGGGUUAUUCAAAUGGGAUACGUCCAGUUCUUGAUGAUAAUUAUGAUCACGUCUGUGGAAUGGGGUUAUGUAAAGAGGAAGGUUGUGACCAUGAACACGGGCAUGAAUAUCGGAAAGGACCAAGGGGAGAACAUGAAUAUGAACAUGAACAUGAACAUCGAAAAGGACGAAGGGAAGAAGAUAAAAAUGGAAAUGGACAAGAAAAUGAAAGAGGGAGAAAAGAGGAAGAAACAACUCAUCAACAUGAUCAUUCGAUACAUAAAGGAAUAUCAACCAUUUCAAUCCCUAUCCCUUCUCUUUCCCUCGACCAGAUGAAAACACUCAAUAUCUUUCUUGAAGAUUUACUAUGGACCAAUAAACUUUCAGGAUACGAUUCUUCCCCAGAGGUAUUACGUACAAAGGGGUUGGUAGUUUGUCAAGAGGGAGAAUACGUUUUACAAGGUGUUACGGAUUUGUUCGAGUUGAAACUUAUCACAUCGAACACUCUUGUUGAGGAAGAUUCCUUGUCACUUGAAGAUGACGGAGGUAUGGAAGAUGCACCGGGAGAUGGGCAUAAACAGGGAGGUAUGGAUGGACACGGUCAGGGACAGGGAGAUGGAGAUGGGGAUGGAAAAAUCACCGGGAAGAUAGUUUUCAUAGGUUCUAAUCUGGGUGAAGUGAAACAAGCAUUCAUCAAAGCUUUAGGAAUAAACACAUGA